UCCCCCGCACCCCAGCGGCGGGACGCCGCCCCCGCUCCGCCAGGGGUCCCGUCCCGUCUCCUGUCCUCUCCGCCUCCGCGGUGGGGUGGGGGGGGGGACGUUCCGCUGGACAAUCCCGGGGCGUCUACCGCAGCCACACGGGGAGGCCCGCACUGGCCCCCUGCAGCCCCCCGUCCCUCGCUGCCUGCCUCCUCCUCCUCCUCCUCCACCGCCCCCCAGCCCGGCGAUCACGAUGGAACGGGAGAUCUGAAGGGACUCAGCCCUCGUAGCCCCGUGGGGCGCCCCGAGGCAAUGAGCGAGCUGAAGGACUGUCCCCUCCAGUUCCAUGACUUCAAGUCCGUGGACCACCUGAAGCUGUGUCCCCGCUACACCGCGGUGCUGGCCCGCUCCGAGGAUGACGGCAUCGGCAUCGAGGAGCUCGACACUUUACAGCUCGAGCUGGAGACCCUGUUGUCGUCCGCCAGCCGCCGCCUGCGGGUGCUGGAAGCGGAGACCCAGAUCCUGACGGAUUGGCAGGAUAAGAAGGGUGAUCGGCGGUUCUUGAAGCUGGGCCGGGACCAUGAGUUGGGAGCCCCGGCGAAGCACGGCAAGCCCAAGAAACAGAAGGUGGACGGGAAGGCGGGGCACGGGCCGGGACCUGGCCCCGGCAGGCCCAAGUCCAAGAACCUCCAGCCCAAGAUCCAGGAGUACGAAUUCACGGACGAUCCCAUUGACGUCCCACGGAUCCCCAAGAACGACGCCCCCAACAGGUUCUGGGCUUCGGUGGAGCCGUACUGCGCCGAUAUCACCAAUGAGGAAGUGCGGACGCUGGAGGAGCUACUCAAGCCUCCGGAGGACGAGGCUGAGCAUUAUAAGAUCCCUCCCCUGGGGAAGCAUUAUUCCCAGCGCUGGGCCCAGGAAGAUUUACUGGAGGAGCAGAAGGAUGGGGCCCGGGCAGCUGCCGCAGGUGACAAAAAGAAAGGCCUCAUGGGACCAUUAACUGAACUGGACACAAAAGUCGGCAUCGCCUCCUCGGGCUGCAGAGAAGGCCGUAAGCGUCCUUGUCUCCUAUUCUCCUCAGAAGUGGACGCCCUGCUGAAGAAAUCCGAGGCCCAGCAUGAGCAGCCCGAAGAUGGGUGUCCCUUUGGGCCCCUGACCCAGCGUCUCCUGCAGGCCCUGGUGGAGGAAAACAUCAUCUCCCCCAUCGAGGACUCCCCCAUUCCAGAUAUAACUGGGAAGGAAGCAGUGCUCGACGGUGCCAGCACCUCUCCUCGGAAUCAGAACAAACCAUUCAGUGUCCCCCACACCAAGUCCCUAGAAGCCCGCAUUAAGGAGGAGCUGAUUGCCCAAGGCCUGCUGGAGUCCGAGGACCGGCCAGCCGAGGACUCGGAGGACGAGGUCCUGGCUGAGUUGCGGAAGCGGCAGGCCGAGCUGAAGGCCCUCAGCGCCCACAACCGGGCCAAGAAGCACGAGCUGCUUAGGCUGGCGAGAGAAGAGGUGAGUCGGCAGGAACUGCGGCAGCGGGUCCGCAUGGCAGACAAUGAGGUGAUGGAUGCUUUCCGCAAGAUCAUGGCUGCCCGUCAGAAGAAGCGGACCCCCACGAAGAAGGAGAAGGACCAGGCCUGGAAGACACUGAAAGAGCGUGAAAGCAUCCUGAAGCUGCUAGAUGGGUAGUUGGGCUGGGAUCUGGCUUCCGGCUCUUUCCGACUCUCUCCACUAUGCCUGACUGAGCCAACUGGGCCCGAGUGGAAAUGUAGGAGGCUUCUCUUCCUUUCCCUGGGUGGGAAUGGGUAGGUGUCCACCGGGAAGCCAUUUCCAGAGCCUGGUGUAUCCCGUCCUCCAUGUACAGACACCCUGCUACUCGUCUGCCCCUGCCUCCCAUCCGCCCCCGCCACCCUAUUGCCCAGCUUUGCCAGGACAGGAACCUUUGGAAUGGGGCCUGCGAUGCCCAAGGCUGGGGAUGGGAAGAGUGACUGCACUGUGGUGUGACUAGAGCUGGUCCUAGUAGGAAUGGCGCCGGAGAGAGAGAGAGAGAGGGAGAGAGAGAGAGAGCUACCCCCAGAAUCUGCUUUCCUCCCUCCUGGGAUGGAUGUUGCCCCUUCAGCUCUGCCUUGCUCCUCUGGGUGCUGUGCCCCUGGGACCAGGAAAUAACAUCCCUCCCCUGUGGUUUUGUAUGGUGGAAACUAGACUAAAAUGAAUGCUGUGAUUUCUAAGAAAAUAGUUCAGCUUCCGUGUGUAUUGUGUGUUCUGGGUGGGGCUAUGGGGUAGGAAGGACUCACUCUUGGACUUUUUUGCCUCAGGCUAAGGGGCCCCUGGUCAAUGCCCCUUCCUCCCUUGAUUUCCUCGACUAGGAGUGGUAGCUGCUUCUUCUGCCUCUCUCUCCCCCUCGCUCGCGCCAGCCAGAUCUGCACUGCAUUCUUCAUGCUUGGCUGGAAGGAGCCGGUCAGGCACUGCUUUGGACCCUGCAACUGGAAAGUCAGUUGCUUCAAUCCCUUCCGCCUCCACCUGGUAUCUUUUCGUUUGCGAAGUCUCCACUCCUGAGGUCGGACUUGGGCUUCUGAGCUGGUGCCUGGCGCUUCGUUUAUCUCUCUCGCUCUCCGCUGGAUAGAGCGCAGCAGCCCCUUCUGCCUGACGGUCCGCUCCUUCCCUAGAGCUCAACUCAGCUUGUGCCUUUUCCUUCCUGGUCCUGAGACGUUCCUCGGGGCCUCUCCGAAAACGCGCAGGCAUCCCGUCCUGCUACCCGUCCACUAGUGCUCCGAGCGAAAGAGCGGGACUCAUCAGGACUGGAGGAACCCCACCUGGGGCUCUGCGGGCCGGAGCGAAGGGGACAGCAAGAGUGGCGUUGCUGCACGAAUGGGGAUGGCAGUGGUGUGGGCCGAGGAAUGGGGCCAUCCAAGUGCCUUCCUCUCUUCCCCGGCCCCCCGGCCCCCCGACACAGCGCAGAGCCAAGGGGGUGUCAGGGCUUGGUCCUGGCCACGGGGGGGUGCUAUGCCAUCAGAAACUGCAAUGGGAAUUUCCUGCGGGACUUCGCCGGGGCUACCGCUAGUUACGCUUUUGCUUCAUUUGUGUCUGACACCCGGUAGAAUCAGUUUUAAAUGAGCUCAUACACGGACCCUGCCCCUCAUGGAGUUUGCGACUUGAAGCGGGAGAAGGGGAUCAACAAGACUGAAGCGCGAAUAGCAUGCGGAAACGGUCAACCGCCCACGUCGACCGCGUCGGCGUACGUCGUAUUUGGAAGACAGUUACAACUGGGAUGGACUCUCGGGCAUUCUGAAGGAAGACAAACUUCCAUCCGGCGGCGACUGGGCGAUUGAGCCGGCCGGCGGCCGACCCCAGCGGACUGUAGAGCUCCUGAUACCUAAAGGGGCUCUGAGUGACGGUUCGGACUCUGCCCCCUUCAGCUCCUGCAGAAAAUGGGCCUUGUAUCCCAUUGUGCUCUGCAGCAACGGAGGGGCUGGUUUUGGGUAGCGGUGGGCACCAAUGGACACUGGUGCCUCCAGUCUUAAAAGAACUCAGUGCCACGUGGGUCUCUGAGGUGGGGAAGAGAAGGCUUGGGGUUCCAAGUGGGCAUGACUUUGGGUCAGGAUCUGCGAGCUGAUCAUACCCCUAACCCUGCAUGCCCUGUCCAUCCUAGAAAUCAGGAUGGGUUAAAAACCAGCUAGCUGCCUCGCGAAUCCUCUGUAAUAGGGGGAAUUCUCCUUCCUCAAGUGGUUCUUCCUAUCCAUCAGACAUGUUCUGCUGUUGAACCUCAAUUCCUCUCUGGUAAUCAAGGAAGAUACCGAACCCUGCCAAGGGGAGCCUUGUGAGCUCAAGUGGUGAUGUUUUGUUGUCGGUCUCGCCCUUCUAGACUGUGAGCCCGCUGUUGGGUAGGGACCGUCUCUAUCUGUUGCCGACUUGUACUUCCCAAGAGCUUAAUACAGUGCUCUGCACACAGUAAGUGCUCAAUAAAUAUGAAUUAAUGAAUGAAUGGUGGCCUCACCCUCUCUAUCUCACUGGCCUGCUCUAGGUUGUGCCAAUCCCUUGAGAUUUGCAUCCAUCACAUGACUCUGGGUUGGAUCACCUUCCCCUUUAUACUGGCUCCUUGUGGGCUACAGCUUUAGCUCUUCAAAACUUUCCCAGUUUGGGUGUCUCCCCCCCCGCCCCCCUCC